AUGUUUUUCGAAAAGGCCAACUGCACAACGGUGCCAGAAAAUAUAGCGAGCAACGCUGGAAUAAGUGGUAUUGGUGUCAUUCUUUCUUUUGUUAUCACAGCACUACUAGCCAUUUGCAUGUCCUCUUCCUUGAUACUUCAAGAGUUUAUCGAGUGCAGACGAAAAGAUGCCCACUGCAAGCCGCAUACGAUCCGCCGCAAACUGCUCUCGUCCUAUUCGGACCAGCAGAUCCUUCAGGGCAUUGGCCUGCAGUCGGUUGGCCUCGCCUUGACAGCCCGGCUGUCGCCAUACCACUUCUUCCUCAUCUGGAUGCUUUCGUUGCUCUCCAUGGCAGUACACAACACCACACUGCUCGCCCUGGUUCACGAUUUCCGCCGCGACUGGCUCCUCAGGUGGCUACGUCAGUUCCUGAUGUUUGUGAACUUGAUCCUCAGCUCCGUAUAUGGCGCAUAUAUCCUGCGCCGCAUCAGCCACAACAUCGAGCCGACGUUGCCCAUCGCGUGCGUCUGGGAUGCAGAGUCGCCCCUGGCCAAGUCGUCGCCCGAAAACCCCAUCGCCAGCUACAUCGGCACGGGGGCCGUCAUGGUUGGCAACAUUGUCGUCUUUGCCCUGGCGACUUGGUACCUGCACAGCCGCGGCCAGCGCUUCUACAAGAUCGUCCAGGUCGUGGGCAGCGUCUUCAUGGCGGCCGUCGGCAUCGGCGCCAUCGUCCGCGUCAUUCUCAUCUCGCAGGCCUUUGGCGACCCGGCCGUGCCCAUGGCGGACUCCGGGGAGAAGGAGUGGAGUUUUGGCCAGCUGCUGUCUGUGCUCCUGCUGAUCCUGCCCGUAAUAUCGAUCCUGGAGAUCUACAGGGGCGAGCUGAACGUUGCGCCGCCGGUGGACGACAGGUCGUAUCUUGAUCUUGGGAAGAGCGGUUCGGGGAUGGAGGAGGGUAACGAAAUGCAGAGUUCUUCCAAGUAG